AUGAAGCCCGUCUUCCUCUCCCUCCUCCCCUUCCUCCUCCCUGCCAUUCAGGCCGCCCCAACCCAGGGCUUCGCCAGAGACGUGGAUCCUCCCCUUCGCGGCUCGCCCGAUCUCCUCGGCUACUCGUCGGACAACAAACUGAGCGAGCACAGCACCGAGGGCGUCAAGUACAAUCUCGUCCCCGGUCAAAAGGAAGACCCCAAGAUAGGAAGCUACUUGGACUUUUCGGACGUGCCGAAUCCGCAACCCAUCCGCGGCACUACCGGCGGGACGGACUCCUCGCAGCGAAACGUCGAGUACGAUCGUCUAAACAGCGAUAAAUUCGCGCCCCCUGGAACCGACAAGGGGCAGACCAUCAACGCGCAAUGGCCCAUGGGACUCAGUCGGAACCGCUUUGGAAAGGAUAACGCCGGGUGGGCCCGUCAGGAGAAUACCGUGGUUAUGCCCGACGCGACGAGUAUGGCUGGUGUGGAUAUGCGUCUGGAGGCUGGCGCGUAUCGCGAGUUGCAUUGGCAUGUGGCUAGUGAGUGGUCUUUGGUGUUGAAUGGGUCGUGUCGGAUUCAGGCUGUCAAUGAGGACGGACAGACUUUCGUCGACGAUGUGACCGAGGGCGAUGUGUGGUUUUUCCCGCGCGGUGUUCCGCACUCCAUCCAGGCGCUUGACGCGGGUGUCGAGUUCCUGCUCGUCUUCGACGACGGAUCCUUCUCCGAAGACAACACCUUCCUGGCAUCGGAGGUGUUCGCGCACAACCCUAAAUCCGUCCUCUCCAAAAACUUCGACCUCCCACUCGCCUCCUUCGACGACAUCCCCGAAGACGAACUCUACAUCUUCCCCGGCACGCGCGCCCCCGACGACAUCGAAGAACAAAACGUGACCACCGCCGCCGGCGUCCUCCCCCGCCAAGAAAGCUACUCGUACCACUUCUCCGAGCAACCCGCCCACGAAGUAUCCGGCGGCUCCGUCAAGAUCGUCGAUCCGCAGACCUUCCCGAUCGCCGAGAACUUCGCCGCCGCGCUAGUGACGAUCCAGCCCGGCGGUCUGCGCGAGAUCCACUGGCAUCCGAGCAGCGACGAGUGGACGUUUUUCUUGCGGGGACAGGGCCGGGCGACGUUGUUUGAUGCGCCUAAUACGGCGACGACGUUUGAUUAUCGGGCUGGGGAUGUGGCGUAUUUCCCGCAGUCGAAUAGUCAUUAUAUUGAGAAUGUGGGGGAUGAGGAGUUGGUUGUUUUGGAGGUGUUGCAGGCGGAUAAGUUUACUGAUAUCUCCUUGGGCCAGUGGAUCGGGUCCACUCCGAAACAGAUCGUGGCUGAUACGCUCAAGCUGCCCGAGAGUGCGCUGAGCAAGUUGAAGACGGAGAAGCAGUUUGUCGUUGCCGGUGGUAACCAGACUUCCAACUAA